UAAGUGAACGUUACACCAUAAGUGCAUUGAAGAGUUUAAUUUCUUUUGCCUCAUAUAUAUUUUUUUUUUUAUUAUUCAAUAUGGAAUAUAAAUUAUUUUUUUUAAUUAACUCCGUAUUUAUUAUAACAGUAAAUGCUCAAAUGGAUAUGAUAUACGAUAGAGACAAUGUUUUUGAUUCUAAGCUGUACGAAGAAGUGUUGGAUCGUGAAGAGUGUUUGAAACAAAUUAGAUAUAUUGUGACAAAUGAUCCUUUGUUAUGGGCUCGAUUUUUGGAUGCGGGCUUAAGAAUGCCACGAAGUUUACAAAAAGGAAAUCUAAACGAUUUAGGAAGUUACUACGAAUGUUUGGGUAUAAAUAAAAAUGUACAAGAUAUGAAUAUAGAAGGCAAAUAUUGUAUGGCGAAGAUACCGGUGAAUCAACUUCUUAAUUUAUCCAGUUUGCCAAUACGGUCGGAAUUUCUAGAAGUACCAUUGCCAGAGUUUAAUCCUGUGAUAUUUAAUAUUGAUAAUAGUACCUACAAUGAUCUGAUAAAGCAAAUGAGUAUAAAGAAACAACUUCAAAAAUUAGUGGGGACAACAUUAGAGAACAAUGACAUAUCACGAGACAAAGCACCAAGCUUAGGUGUUGAAUUCAGUAUACAAUUGGCAGUGUGCCUACCAAAGCCAUGUUCUUUGCAGAACGCAUUAAAUACUAUAUUAGAUCUUCAACCAAGUGAUUUGAUGAUUGAAGAAGAAUAUUGCAGAAUUCCAAAUGACAAACAAUGGGUUGCUGCAGAUUAUGUUGCUUUAGUUAUAUUCAUUUUACUUAGUAUUCUGGUGAUACUAAGCACUGUUUAUGAUAUUCGACAUCAAAUAUUAUUAAAAAAAGAUCCAAAAUCGGUUAAUAAGCUGUAUCAGUCCUUUUCCGUCUACACCAACACUCUACGACUGGUGACCUACAAACCAGUACCAGGAGCUCUGGAAUGCUUGGAUGGUAUCAGGGCAUUUGCAAUGAUGUGGGUUAUCAUCGGGCAUACAUUUGUAAAUUAUCUAGUAUCAGCCCCGUUGUAUAAUCCAUUAGAUGCUGUAGAUUUUAUACAGUCCUUUUGGUCAUUGUGGAUAAUGUCUGCCCCCAUCACGGUAGACACUUUCUUCAUGCUUAGCGGCUUAUUACUGGUAUACAGUACAGCAGGCAAAAUGACUGGAUUAAAACUCAUGCAGAACUUGCAUCUGUUCUACUUGAAUCGAUAUCUUCGUCUAUUUCCGGUGCUGGCCGCUUGUAUAUUACUUCAAGCAUCACUGUUCCAUAGGGUAUCAGAUGGACCUGCGUGGGAGACGGUUGCAGCUCAAACAGACCAAUGCAGAAAGUAUUGGUGGUCAACUUUAUUGUACAUACAAAACUAUUACAAGUCCUCCAACAUGUGUCUUCCACACACUUGGUAUCUGGCAAUAGACUUCCAACUCUUCUUGAUAUCUCCUCUUAUCCUCUUUUGGGUGGUUAGCGGCAAAAAGCAAACAGCUUGGAUCACAUUAACCACUGCCCUACUGGUCUCUCUCGUAGGUUCUAGCAUCUAUAACUUUAUAAUUGGUUUUGGAACUGGUAAUUUUACUCUCAACCAACGAGAGGACCAGCCGGAUUAUUUUACUUAUUACUACGUAAACACGUUGACAAGGGCAUCUCCCUUCUUCGUGGGGAUGAUAUUUGGGUAUAUUCUACAUAUUUAUCGUGGGAAGGUGAUAAUUAUCUCAAAAGUACAAAUUGCUGUCUUAUGGUUAUUGGCUAUAAUUUUAUCAUCUGGAGUAAUUUAUAGUUAUUAUCCUGUUGUACAACAAGAAUGGGACAAUCAAACAGUUGAUAAUGUACUCAAUUCUUACAUGAGACCAAUUUGGGCGUUGAGUGUUUGUUGGAUGAUCUUCGCCUGUGCACAUGGAUAUGGAGGUCCUAUUAACUGGCUCUUAUCUCAUCCCAUGUGGAAAAUAUUGGGAAGAUUGUCUUACGCCAUGUAUAUUUUUCACUUUCCUCUUAUGAUAAUUGUUAAUGGAACUUCAAUAGCUCCUCUUUAUUUUACCACUGAAUUUGCGAUACAAAAGUUUAUGACCGAUUUCGUGAUAGCAGUUCUGGCUGCAUAUUUAAUCACUCUGUAUGUGGACGCGCCCUGCUCUGUGUUAAUUAAACAUUUCUUGGGAGGUAACAAGAGGCCAGCACCGAUAAAACCUUUGGACGACAUUGCUAAUUCAUCGGCGAAAAAUAUCAAUGAUAACGUUGAAUCACCAAAAGAUUUCUAAUAGAAAGAAUAAAAUGAAUAGGCAUAUUAUAUAGUGUUAUCAAGUGUUAAUACUACGCAGCACCUGCACUAUGCUUAGUAGACAACUGAUAGACUUGAAUACCUAUAUUUCUUGUAAAUAAAUAUAUUGAUAAUAUAUAGAUGCUGAGAUAGCACAUACUUAAUUACUCAUUAAUAAGUCAUAAUAAAUAAAUUAUAUAUUCUUUU